CAUUGAAAAACCUCCACACAUCUGACAGGUCUACAGCUGCAGCCAGCUGCCUAAGCCUGCGAGAAGACACAGGAUGAGGCUCGAUGUGGUUCCUAUCCAAAGGCUGUCAGGCUGUCUGAUCACAGAGGAAGGAUGUACUUCUCUGGUCUCAGCUCUGAGCUCCAACCCCUCCCAUCUGAGAGAGCUGGACCUGAGCUACAAUCAUCCAGGUGACUCAGGAAUGAAGCUGCUGUUGGCUGGAGUGAAGGAUCAAGGCUGGAGACUGGACACUCUCAGAACUGGAUUGGAAACUAUCAAAGAUCUAAAAACAGCCUCAACCCUCCCAAAGAGCAAACUUUACACACGUCAUCUUUCAGCUACAAUCUUUGUUGCAGGGAUCUUCUGCCAAACAAGGCUGAGAGAAGAUUUCUUACAGCUGUCAUGUUGA